AUGUCGCGAUGCAGCCGUAACCCAUGCGAAACGACCUCAAAAUUCAACUCAAAGCUCAGUGUUGCGAUCUUUUCCGGCCAGCACACGCGUACGGGCGAGCCGCAUCAUUGGGCCGACCAGGUCGUUCCGGUACAGUUUGCACGGGACGAGCUCGGCGCCGAUCUAUUCGACCAUUGCGACGCACGAGACAUACCGGAAGAAGUUGAGGACGCUCGAAAAGAAUCGUUCAGUCGUAUCUGCGCUGCCGUGGAGCCUCUGUUCACCUCGCAGCAUCGCGUUUUCGUCUUCAUGCUCUUUGUGUGCGGCAGGAGAUUUCGCCUCCUCCGUUGGGACCACGCAGGCCUCGUUACUACGCCUUCAGCCGACUACUACGAGAACCACUCGCUCCUAUGCGAUUUCCUCUGGCGAGUCGCGCAUCUUGACGACACUGCCCUUGGGUUUGAUCCAAGUGCCACUCGCGUUCUUCCCGGCGAUCCGGACUACUUGCGAAUGGACCUCGCGGCUCGGCACGAUCCCUCUGACGUCGACCAUGCUGAACGUGAUCUGCAUUGGGGCGAACUCGAGGAGCCUUUCGUUUUCGACUACGUCCGCCCGUUUUUUCGUGCCUCGAUCGCCACUGAAUGGCCGCGUUUCAGGCUGCAAGUCUCUUCUGGCGAAAUGGCGCGGAAAUUCCUUGUCGGGAAACCCGUCUUUAUGGCGGAGGACGUGUCUGGCCGUGGCACCCGUGGGUAUAUCGCAUUGGAUUGUCGUACGCGCGGGUUCGUCUGGCUCAAGGACACGUGGCGUCUGUCUUACGUGAACUUUGAAAAGGAGGGCGACAUCCUCAGUCGACUUAACGCGGCAGGUAUUGAUGGCGUGCCCACCCUUGUGUGCCAUGGAGACGUCGGCAAUCAGGUGACGGUGACUGGGGAUUGGCGAGAAAGGACACAUCCCCUUCCCUCCUCGACAAGUCCUUCUUCGUCAAAGACAAACAUGUCAACGUCUCGUCCUUCUCCCCGGUCUUCGUCGCUCGAUAACAGGAAGCGCAAGUGGAGAGACGUAGUUGAUGACGAUGUCUCGGACUCAGCCCUUGGCGAACCCAGUCCCCAAGCGGCUGCUCUGUCAAGAUGUCCUCUUCGGCAACAUACCCACUGUCGCGUAGCCGUCAAGGAGAUCUGCUUACCCUUGACGGAGUUCAAGAAUGGCAAGCAGCUGGUCAAGAUCAUGCUCGAUUGCCUCCGUACUCACCAACAGGCUGCUACACACCCCGGGGUACGACUGCUCCAUUGCGACGUCAGCAGCGGCAACAUCCUCAUCUAUCCCCGGCUCCGAGAAACUACGGACGGUACGGCGUUGGUGUGGAGUGGCGUUCUCACUGACUGGGAGCUUUCGAGGCGCAUCGAUGAGCAGAUGCCUCCCACUGCAACUUUGAAGGAUCGCAUCGGAACGUAUCAGUUCAUGUCCGUGAAUCUCCUCCAGCGCCCUUCGGAGUAUCCCAAGAUCGCAGACGAGCUUGAGUCGUUCUUGCAUGUCAUGGUCUACAACGCCGUCCGCCAUCUGCAUUCGAACUGCAACGACCCCGUCUGGUGGGUCACGACCUACUUCAAUCACUACGCCGGUCCGGGCCGCAUGCACACCUGUGGACAGAAAUCGGUCGCCAUCGAGACCUCUGGUCGUCUGAAUUCGCUCUCCCCUCGGGGACCAUUAUUGUUUUACUCCCCAAUGGACGGCCUUUGCUUCAACGCUCUCCAGAGCUUCAGAGCGCGGUACAAGGUGAUGGAGUACGAGCCUCAAGCAGGCGCCCUCCCUUGCCCUUUUCCGCUACGGUCUCCGCCCAGAAGCUUUCGUUCACCGCCGGCGUCGGGAGACACUCACGUAUAUGAUCGAGCAAGAUCGAUCGGUAUAGAUGAGAAGAUUAUCGCGCAGAUCGAGGCGGAGUGGGAUACGUGGACGCCCCCGGAUGAUAGCCCGACGGUAGAAGACCGACGACUCGCUGAGAAGUUGGUAGACCACCAGUUCAUGAUUGAGCUGUUUGAAAAAGUUCUCGGGAAUCCGCGAUGGCCGGAACACGAUCGGAUCACACAGCCUCGACCAUUGUCUCGGGAGACGAAGAUGUUCACAGCGGCGGGGGCGGUGGCGGUGGCAGAAGAUCACAAAAGCUCUACACCCGCUGAACCUCCUAGAAACAAGAGGCGACGGACCACGAAGACACAGAAGAAUGUUUCCCGUCCUCCUCGCCCUCAGGAAACCACACGUCGCACGCGAAGUCACACACGGAAGGAAGCGCUCACUCACCCUGUCCAUGCGAAGUGA